GAGCAGAAGCUUGCUGGAGGCCAGGGUGUGAGUGAGCUCCGUGCCGCAGUUAACCCAGUUGCCAGAGACAGACUCCCGGAGCUCUGCUUCCUGCCUGAACCUGUAGCAAACAUUAGCAGAGACGGGACCGAGACGCUGACAGACAUCAACAGGUAGUUCUGAUCUUGUCGGGGGGUCCUGUCCGUGCAAGGAGAUGAUCAGACAACGAUGGGGGUGAAGUGGCCCAGAUGUUGGUUCCAAGUACUGAAGGAGAUCUCCAGGUUGGCACCUUUCCUGCUGAGUGUCUUCAUUUACUUUGCAUUGGCGUCGCAGUCUUCUUGUCCCGUCUGGCUGAGAGCCUUCCUGAAAUGUUUGCCGAUAUUACUCCUCUGUGCCUAUAUUUUGACCCUUCGGAUAGAUCUGCACACACACUCGAAGGCUCCAAAGCUCCUUGCCGGCCUGCUGUUUUCCGCAGUUGGAGACAUCCUCCGCAGCCUCUCAUCGCAGUUCCAUCUCCUGCACGGUGACUCCAUGUUUGGACUCGCACACAUCUGCUACAUCUGGAUGUUUGGUUUGAAGCCUUUGAACCUGCUGGCGGGCGUUUUCCUGCUGGUUAUAGGCACCGUCUACUUGCUGUUCCUGAGUAGAUGCCUGUGGGAGCACCAGACAUUGCAGUGGGCAGCCUACAUCUACAUCGGCUUGAUUGGAACCAUGGUGUGGCGUGCCAGUGCUGGGGCACUGUUCAACCACCAGUGGUCUUGGGUCAAACUGUUUGCCACUGUUGGAGGAAUGCUCCUCGCGGUCUCCGAUUUCACCUACACCGUCAGUGUCUUCUGUUUCCCGGUGUACCACUCUGGAAUGAUCGCGGCCACCUAUUAUUUGGCCCAGAUGCUUAUCACCCUCUCGGCUGUUUACAGCGAGAGUACAGUUGGCAAGAACAGAAAAUAAAGCAAAUCCACCAUUGUCUUCAACAGUGAAGUGUCAUUCUACAGCCGUAUUCGUCAGCCUAACCUGAAUCUCGCCGGGACACCACACGAGAGUUAGCGAAUGGCCGAUUUGUCGUCAGACCAGCGGAUUUAUAGGAAAACCGAAGUGGCAAAAGAAAAUGAUUUACAAUGGGGGCCCAAUUACCUCUCUCUACGGUCCGAGACCACUCUGCUCCUUAAUCGCCAACUCGCAGUGACUUGUCCAUUGAGAUCCCACUUCUGUCACCAAAUGUGAAUUCCGCUCCAUUUACCUUUAGUCUGGUUCAAUAAUAAUUGAGUGGAAUACAGUGGUCGAGCCCAACAGAUUUUACCGUCCGCGUGUAUUAACUCCAAUGUA